AUGGACCUUCCCCCGGACAAGGCGAAGCUCCUGCGGAACUACGACCUGGAGAAGAAGUGGGAGAUCAUCUGCGACCAGGACAUGGUGCAGGCGAAGGACUCCCCGGCACACUACCUCAACAAGCUGCGCACGUACCUGGACCCAAAGGCCUCGAGGAGCCAUAGGAAAAGAAAAAUGGUCGGAGACUCGACAUCUACGCAGGUUCUCAGGGACUUGGAGAUAUCUUUACGGACCAAUCACAUAGAAUGGGUGCGAGAGUUCCUGAACGAACAGAACCAGGGCUUGGACGUGCUCAUCGACUACCUGAGCUUCAGGCUAAGCAUGAUGCGCCACGAACAGCGAAUAGCGCUAGCACGCAGCCAAUCGAGCGAUGGGAUCAACCAAGCGAACACAACGACGUCGGACUGCAGCGGGCCGACGGAGGGCGGGGGCACUUUGGGCGCCACGUGGCGGAGGCGAGCGCGCUCCGCCGACGGGGAGGCCGAGGGCGGGGCCAGUCCGGCGGUGGCCAGGAGGCGCACUAGGCACGCGGCGCGGCUCAACAUGGGCGCCUCCACGGACGACAUACACGUGUGCAUCAUGUGCAUGCGCGCCAUCAUGAACAACAAGUACGGUUUCAACAUGGUCAUCCAACAUCGGGAGGCGAUCAACAGCAUCGCCCUGUCGCUCGUGCACCAGUCGCUCCGCACCAAAGCGCUGGUGCUGGAGCUGCUGGCGGCUAUCUGCCUGGUGAAGGGCGGCCACCAGAUCAUACUCGGCGCUUUCGACAACUUCAAGGAGGUGGUCGGCGAGCCGAGGCGGUUCCACACGCUCAUGGAGUACUUUAUGAACUACGACUCGUUCCACAUAGAGUUCAUGGUGGCGUGCAUGCAAUUCGUGAACAUAAUCGUCCACUCCGUCGAGGACAUGAACUUCCGAGUCCACCUCCAGUACGAGUUCACGGCGCUGAAGCUCGACGACUACCUGGAGAGGCUGCGGUUCUGCGAGAGUGAAGACUUGCAGGUGCAGAUAUCCGCGUACCUGGACAACGUGUUCGACGUGGCCGCUCUGAUGGAGGACAGCGAGACCAAGACCGCCGCCCUGGAGAAGGUCAACGAGCUGGAGGACGAACUGGGCCACGCCCACGAGCGACUGGCGGCGCUGGAGAGGGACGCCAUCGCGAAGCUGGCCACCCUGGAGGCGGAGCUGGCCCAGGUGCGCCAGGAGAGGGACCAGCUCGCCGAGGCCAGGAGGCAGGUGGUCGAGGAGGUCUCCACGCUAAGGCGGGCACAGCAGGACUCGCGAAACCGGCAGUCCAUGUUGGAGUCCAAGGUCCAAGAGUUGGAGACACUCACCAAGUCCUUGCCGAGGGGCGCAUCCAUGGGCGCGAUAUCCACCCACGCGCUGUGCAACGGCACCGCGAACGGCCACUCGCCCUCGCCCCCGCCGCCGCUGGCGAACGGAGACCUGCGCCCCCGCGCGCCGCACACGCCCCCCGCCCCCUCCGCCGCCGCGCCGCCCCCCGCGCCGGCGCCCCCUCCCCCGCCACCGGCGCCCCCCGCCCCGCCCGCGCUGCCGCCCCCCCUCAAAUACAAGCUGCCGACGCUCAAUUGGAUAGCGCUGAAGCCCAAUCAGGUGCGAGGCACGAUCUUCAACGAGCUGGACGAGGAGCGGCCGCGGCGGCGGAUCAACUUCGCAGAGUUCGAGCAGCGCUUCCGGCUGGGCGGCGCCUCGGGCGCGCCGCACGCGCUCUGCGACGCCGACACGCUCGCCUCCUUCCCCAGCAAGCGCUUCCGCAAGCCCGACACCGUGUCGCUGCUGGAGCACACCCGCCUCAGGAACAUAGCGAUAUCCAGGAGAAAACUCGACACGCCGGUGGAAAAAGUCAUCGCGGCCAUAAACAGCCUUGAUCUGAAACAGCUGCCUCUGGAAAGCGUUGAGAUCCUCCAGAGAAUGGUGCCCACCGAAGCCGAGCAGAAGGCCUACAAGGAAUACGUAUCGGAGAAGAAGAACGUGAACCAACUAACGGAAGAGGACAAAUUCCUGAUGCAGCUGACCAAAGUGGAGAGGAUAUCGGCCAAGCUCUCCAUAAUGAGCUACAUGGGCAACUUCUUCGACAACAUCCACUUGAUAACGCCCCAAAUCCACGCGAUAAUCUCGGGCUCGUCGUCGGUCAAGUCCUCGCACAAGCUGCGGAACGUCCUGGAGAUCAUCCUCGCUUUCGGGAACUACCUGAACAGCAGCAAGCGCGGCCCCGCUUACGGAUUCAAACUGCAGUCCUUGGACACACUGAUGGACACAAAGUCGACGGACAAGCGGGUCUCCCUUCUGCACUACAUCGUCGCUACGAUCCGCCAGAACUUCCCCGAGCUGCUGAAUUUCGACUCCGAGCUCUUGUACAUCGAUAAAGCCGCCCAAGUGUCGCUGGAGAACAGCGAGUCGCGCUCGCACGCGCACGCGCACGUGCUGCGCGACUUCAUCGCCAACGCGAGCGACAAGCUGCGUCGGCUGCGCGCCGAGACCAAGCACGCGCAGGACUCGUUCGCCUCGUGCGUGGAGUACUUCGGCGAGGCGCCGCGCAGCUGCGACGCCAACGCCUUCUUCUCGCUGCUUGUGCGCUUCACGAGAGCGUUUAAGCAAGCGGACGCGGAAAACGAGCAACGCCGCCGGCUGGAGCAAGCUGCGCAGCAGGCCGACAGCGUGGACCCCAACAAGGCGAAGGUCGUGCAGAAGAAGCAACAGGAGGCGGUCAUCAACGAGCUGAAGAGCAAGUCGCAGACGGUCGGCGAGAAGAAGCUCCUGCACCAGGACGAGGUGUACAACGGCGCCCUGGAAGACAUUCUGCACGGGCUGCGUAGCGAGCCGUACAGGAGGGCCGACGCCGCGCCCGCGGGCCGCGCCCCCGAGGGGGCGGGGCCCGCGCGCCGCCCCCGCCCCUCCGCCCACCGCGUCGCCCCCUCCGACCCCGAGGUGGACUCGCGCUGCGACCUCCUCAAGACCACGUACGACGCGAUCACCAGGUACACGCGGGCCGUGUUCGAGGUGCAGGGCGAGGCGGUCGUG